CCUUGAUUCUUCCACAAUCCAUCUCUUCUUCUGAUCUUCACCAUGGCCCGUCCACGGCCCGUCCAUUCUAAUCGUCACUUACGGUUUUGAGUCGAUCCAAAGCAAGAACUCCAAAAUGGAGCAGUUUUCUUUGUCUCCUUAAUCAUGGAGAAAAGUCCCCCUUCCUCUGAAAAUAUUUGACUUCUGCCCCUUGACUACUCCUCUGCUUCUUCUUCUUCUUCUUCUUCUUCCUCCUCCUCCUCCUCCUGUUUUCAGUUUUUUUUUUCCGCCCUUUUGUCGAGCUUUGCAAAUGAUGGCCACAGGUAUGAAUUUGAUCACUACUGUAAUUGGGUUUGGGAUGAGUGCGACUUUCAUUGUGUUUGUGUGCACGAGACUGAUUUGCGGGAGGCUGCGGAGGGAUGAAUCGAGGCGCACGUUCGAGCUUGAUUCAAGAAUCGAUGUCGAACAGCCGGAGCAUCGAGUGAGCGGUCUCGAGCCUGUUCUGGUAGCUGCUAUCCCAACGAUGAAAUUUGACCAGAAGGCUUUUAGCUCGCUCGAGGAUGCACAAUGCUCGAUCUGUCUAGGGGAGUACCAAGAGAGAGAAGUGUUGCGGAUCAUGCCCAAAUGUGGCCACAAUUUCCAUCUCUCCUGUAUCGAUACAUGGCUGAGGAAACGAUCCACGUGCCCCGUUUGCCGCUUGCACGUGCAAGACUCGGUAUUGUCGAAGUCUGCAGGGACCAUUGCCUUCGAAACGACGAGUUCUUUCCAGGGAUCUGAGUUGUCGAUGGACAACUCGCAUCGCUGGUUGAUUCCAAACGCUGAUCACUUGGAGCAAAGCAGAGAUAAUAUCCACCCGAGCCUGCUCCCGACCAUUCCCCUGCACCAACCAGACUCUUUCUAGGGAACACAGGGACAAGUAGAUGAUCAAAUGGCGAAACCAUCUUCCUCAGGCUCUUACAGGGGCUUGCAUUAGAUCCACAGUGGCGUGCCAGUGGACUAGUGGUUCGCGUCGACCGCCAUUGGCGAGGUCUGCCAACAGUGUCCGCAUGUCCGAUUAGAUUCUGUAUUCACAGGAAAAAAACCUAAAGGAAAUUGUUUGGUAACAUAGGACAGGAUGUGUCGAAUAGGAAUUUGUCUAGGAGACAUGAGCAAAGUCCUCCUGUUUGAUGCAGUGUGAUAGUGAUUCAACACCUGACAGUCCCUUUUCCCUCCCUCAAUUUGGGACUAUGUAAUUAUUAGCUUGUUGUACUCUAUUUUUCGUUAUAGUUUCCCAGC